AUCAUAAGUGUCAAUCCCACCAUAACGGUGGAUGGUCCAUAGCGUUCGAUAUCACCAUAGUUUGAAAAACAGACACCAGGUCAAGCCGCUCUGGAAAUGAACUCUGGGAGCCAACGCCUCGGAACCCAUUCAUAAACAUUCUUGUACUAUUUUUUGUAGCUGCUUGAGCGACAUCCUUUCCACGCUGCAAACGCCAUGGCGGCCUGUGUAGGAGCUCGUGUAUGGGUUUCUCAAGACGCGUGUUGGGCUCCAGCUGUAGUGGUUUCCUCCGAUGGGGAGCGACUGCGCGUCAGGCGGGAGGAAGACAGCGUUGAGGUGGAGGUGGAUGCUAAGGGCGCCUGCCUUCGCAACACACACAUCGUCGAGGACAUGACUACUUUGCCCUUUCUUCACGAGCCUGGCGUCCUCUACAACCUCCAGAGCCGCUACCAGCAAAGCGACAUCUACACGUACACUGGGAACAUUCUUAUCGCGGUGAACCCAUUUAGACCUUUACCGCAUUUGUACGGCACCAGCGUCAUCGAGCGCUACCGCUUCUCGCCACGGGAGCAACUCCCACCACACGUCUACGCUACGGCCUGUGCAGCCUACCGGAACAUGAUGCGCGAUGGUGCAGGGCAGGCAAUCCUGGUCACGGGUGAGAGCGGUGCGGGCAAGACGGAGACGGCCAAGCUGAUUAUGGCUUGCCUCACGCACCUUGGAGCCCACCGUGGCACGUCAUCGACAGGCGGCAGCGGCAUGUCGGGCGUUGAGCAGAAGAUUCUCGAGUCCAAUCCGCUACUGGAGGCGUUUGGCAACGCCAAGACGCUGCGCAACAACAACUCCUCGCGAUUCGGCAAGUAUGUGGAGAUCUUCUUUGACCCGGCGGCAGGCGGCGUGGUGACGGGCGCUGCGGUCCGGACGUACCUUCUGGAGCGGUCGCGCGUUGUGGCGGUCAAUAAGCCCGAGCGCUCCUUCCACAUAUUUUACCAGUUGGUGUAUGGCGCCAGCGCCGAAGACCGCGCCGCCUGGCGGCUGCCCCAAACCGCAGCCGGCUUCGCUUACCUCAACCGAAGCAACUGCUUUGAGCUACCAGGACAAAGCAACGCAGAGGAGUACCAGCACACCCGGCGCGCCAUGUCCCACAUCGGCCUCAGUGACGAGCAGCAAUCUGCCGUACUGGCGACCGUUGCUGCCGUGCUUCAUCUGGGCAACAUUACCUUUGCAAACGGCCACGUGGAGGGCGACAGCAGCAGCGGCCAUGAGGGCGCGGUAGUGGCGGACGCCGCGGCGGCGGAGGCCCUGGAGACGGCGGCGGAGCUGCUUGGUGUGGAUUCGGGUGCCCUGACGGAAGCGUUAACGACUCGCCAGAUCCAGACACCGGAAGGGCCCAUCGUGAUGCCCCUCACGGCCCAAGCCGCCACGGACGCGCGCGACUCCAUGGCCAAGGUGGUGUAUGCGCGGCUGUUCGAGUGGCUGGUGGCGGCGGUCAACACGGCGGUGGACGAGGCGCACAACGGCGGCACCGGUAGCAGCAACGGCGGUGGCGCCGCGUGCGCUCCGGGGCACCUCUCCAUCGGACUGCUGGACAUCUACGGCUUUGAGAGCUUCGAGGUAAACGACUUGGAGCAACUCUGCAUCAACCUGACCAACGAGAAGCUGCAGCAGCACUUCAACCAGCACGUGUUCAAGUGGGAGCAGGCCGAGUACGAGCGUGAGGGUGUGGACUGGUCGUAUAUCUCCUUCCGCGACAACGCCGACGUGUUGGAGCUGCUCGAGGGGCGCAUGGGCAUCAUGGACCUCCUGGACGAGACGUGCCGCUUCCCAAAGGCUACUGCGGACGACCUGGCGACCAAGUACGGCAGCAGCUCCGCGGUGGCGGGGAACUCCCGCUUCACACGUCUGAAGCGGCCGGCGACCUCCUUCAGCGUUGAGCACUACGCUGGCUCCGUCACGUACAGCACCCUCAACUUCCUGGACAAGAACCGCGACUACGUGGUCGCAGAGCACCAGUCGCUGCUGGGCCGCUCCGCCCGCCCGCUGCUGCAGGAGCUCUUUGCGCCCGAGGGAGGCAGCUCCAACGGAGGGGGAGCCGCAGGUGGCAACGGAGGAGCCGGCGAGGGCAACGGGAGCGGUCCCGGCCGCACGCAGAACCAGUUUCAGUUCCGCAGCGUGUCUAGCCAGUGCCGCCGACAGCUAGCAGAGCUCAUGGCCGCACUGUCGCGGCUGCAGCCGCACUACGUGCGAUGCAUCAAGCCCAACGCCAGCAACUCGCCAGGCGAGUUCGACUCGCAGUACAGCCUUCAGCAGCUGCGCUGCGGCGGCGUCAUGGAGGCGGUGCGCAUCGCCUGUGCAGGGUACGCCUACCGCCGCCCCUACGCCGCGUUCCUGGACCACUUUUGGCAGCUCUGCCCUGAGCCCGUCCAUGCGCUGCGCCGUCGGGCCGCGGAGCUCCGAUCGCUGCAGCAGCUGCAGCAACAGCAGCCGGGAGGGUCCUCGCCCCAGGGCGACAACGACGUGUCGUCUGAGCUGGCGGCCGGAGCGGCGCUAGCGGGGCUUGGGGUGGAAGAGAUGCAUGCGGCAGCGAAGGCGGUGAUGGCGGCGUCGGGGCUGGCGGCGGAGGAGCAGAAGACGGGGGUGCCGCCGCACCACCUGGGCUUCACCAAGGUCUUCCUGCGCGCCACCGCGGCGGCCGCGCUGGAACGGAAGCGCUUGGCGGUGGCUAAUGACGCGGCUACCACCAUCCAGGCGCACUUUAGGCGGUGGCAGGUCGAGCGGUGGUACCGGGCUCUUCGGCAGGCCGUGAUUAGAUUACAGGCGCACGCUCGCGGCCUGCUGGCCAGGCGCCAGGUGGAGCAGCUCCGCCGCGAGCGCGCUGUCACCGCCAUCCAGAGCGCCUGGCGCUGCUAUGCGCAGCGGCAGCGUUUCCUGCAGCAGCGGAAGGCGGUGGUGCGCAUCCAGGCGACGUGGCGGGGCAUGUACCAGCGGCGGCAGUACGAGGCCAUGCGGCAGGAGCGCGCGGCGCUGGUGCUGCAGGCCGCCUGGCGCGGUGCGGUGGAGCGGCGGGCGUACCUGAUAGCAGUGCAGUAUUGGCGUGCGGCGGUGGUGGUGCAGAAGGCGUGGCGCGGGUAUGCGGCGCGGCAGUUGUAUGCGGAGCUGCUGCCGCUGCACCGUGCGGCACUCGUCUGCCAGCGCGUGUGGCGCAGCCGCCGGAACGGCUCGCAGCUGGGUGAGCGGCUGCGGUCUGUCGUGCUUGAGUACAUGGAGGUCAACCGCGCGGCCAUGCUCAUCCAACGGAACUGGAGGGCAAAGUUGGCACGCAAGCUGUGCAGCAAGCUGCGGUUGGAGCGCAAGAAGGCGGCGCUGCUCGCCAAGUUCGGCGUUGCUGCGGCUGCGCAGCAGCAGCAGCCCCUCAUCUCGCGGAACUCGCCGGGCGCCUCGCGUCACAUGGACGUUUCCACGCCUGUCAACACCCGGCCGCGCACCCUACGCCACUCGGGCAGCUCCUUCAAGCCCCCCGGGCCCGGCCUGCUGUGUGGCAGCUCCGCCGGCGCGACACCCAUGUCUGCUGGGCCGCGGAUGUCCAUGUCGGCUUCUGCUACGCCCUCCGACAUUGUUCGGGCGGAUGAUGUGACGCAAGGGCGCGACAGUGGCUCUCGCGUACAGUCACGGCUACAGGAACUCGCGAACUUCAAGGUCUCGCCACUUUUGGCCUACUGGCAACAGCAUGUGGCGUCAGUCGAGGAGAACCGCCGGCCCGGAGAGGCACAUGUGGCUCCAAACGUUUCCGUGCGGCCACGUACCGCGCCUAACCGCCGCGGACCUUACGCCAAAAGCGACGGAACCCCUGCUGCUCCGCGGACCCAUGGGUCGCCCCACGCCGCGACUCCCUCUGCGGAGCUUACCUCGGCGCCGAGCUCACCGCCCGACACGGCUUUCCGCGGCGCCAGCUCCUCCCUGCUCUCCGUCGCGGGCGCCAGCUGCUCGACUAGCAACGGCGGUGCCAGCAGCCGGGGUGGAAGCUACACCUCGAUUGGGGGCAUGACGGAGCUGGGGAGCGGGGCUCUGAGCUGUGAGCCGUCGUACGGCACUCUCCUUGGGGGUGGCCGCUCGGAUGAGGUGAUGUUGGCAACGGCAAUGGUGGAGGACGGGGCUCAUUAGGAAGUGAAGUAAGGUACAUACUGGGGAGCAAACAUUGCCAGGAAAGGCGGAGUGUUGCGUUUUCUUCGAGCUGUGGCGUUGACCGAACGUGCUUCACGUGGACAGUUGGGCUGACUGGGUGACAGGCACAGACGGGGUCAUGGGUACUACACGCUAGGUGGCGCGUUUGCAAAACCGGCUCCUGGAUUGGAGUUGGAGUGGGGACGGCGCGCUGACCGCAGUUUUGAUUCGUUUGUACCGCAUUGGGGUGGUGUCCAACAUACGUGUCCUUGUUCCUUGGGCUCACGAGGCUUGCAUGCUUGGUGAUACCGCAUGGGGUGCGAUAUUCCAGCAGCACGUCCCCUGCGCCACUGCGAACACUGCGAGGCGACGAUCCAUGUGGGGAAUGUGUGGUGUGCAUGCGUGCGCACAUUCCGCUUAUAAUACUUGUGCCCGGGAAUGGUGUGUAACGGCCUGUGGAAGGAAGGCCCUAGGCGGUGUACGUUUGGUGCGUUACUUUUCGGACACUUUGGACUUUCGGGAAUGAGCGGACGCUUGGAUGCAAAUUGGUUCUAUCGCAGCCACUUGGUUUUCCGGUGCCCAAUUUAUGUACAACAUGGAAUGCGGUUUAUGAAGACUUGUCACACUUGGGAUGGCUGUGCUCGAACUGGUGUUUUACUUGGCUCCAGAGCCCCCAACGCCGCUGUCGUGGUGGGGCGUCGCAACCCAUGGCUCAUGCGCUGCUGCCUUGUCGUUGGGCCCUGGGCAAUGAUUGAAGCAGAUGGCUUUGGGGCUGUACGGAAUGUAUUAUACUAGUUUGCUUGAGGGUGUGGCCCCUCCUUCCAAUACUGUACGGCUCAUGUUGGGUACUGCUUUUCAUCGCCCACAUGGGGCCAAAGUAUCUUUUUGUGCCUUUCGCUGCAGUUACAGUGAACGAAUAAAGACGUUAUGGUGUGCGUUUCCCCUAUGCGUGGGUGUGCAUUAUGGACGUGGAGGGCGUUGAAGUGUUUCAGUCAGUGGGUUCAUGCAAGUUAAGAGCAGGCCGGAGAUGCUGUACGCAAUUGUGCGCCUAAUCGUUAGCGCCCAUGGCGAAAGAGGAAACGACA